AUGUCCUCGCCGUCUCCGGCUCCCAACUUCCCUCAACAUUACCCCUUCAUGCCCUCCGAUUUCGGCACCGCGCAAGGAGCGCACAUCGCAGGUGGAUCGCACACCAAGCCAGAAGAUACAUUCGCAACCCUUUGGGCGGAGGCCGUGAGAAAGUUUCAGCAGAGUGCCGACAUAUCGUCAACGCUAUGGAACUCGUUAUCGGACACCCUUCUUCGCUGCAAGAGUUGCGAAGACGUGCUCAAUGCGUUUGAAAACACGACGCGGAAGUGGAAGGAAUUCAACGCUGCAGACACGAAAUGGAAGAACGUGCGAAUCAAGUACCUGCAACCUGUUGUACAGGCCCUUCUGCUCUUCAACGAUGCCAUCGCGGAGCUUGCUUCUCAUUUUCCCACUAUUCCCGGUGGGAAGGCGAUUUUCGUAGCGUUCGGCGUGCUGCUUCAGGCUACGAGUGAAAUCAGCGAACGCUGUGAAGUGCUUAUUGACCUCUUGGAAGAAUUGAACUCGUUCUUGGAGCGGCUAGCUAUCCGGCUUGUCGCGCCUUCGGCACUAGGGCCCGUGUCAAAAGCUCUCGUCAUCGUCAUUCUCGCUCACCUACUGGACGUCUUCUUGACAGCAACAAAGCUGAUAUCUCAACCUCUCUGGCGCACAAGACUAGUUCUCUACAAGCAAGCAUUGACUAAGGACAAGGGCAUGAUGAAUGCUCUCGAACGUCUACGUGCUCUCACGGAACUGGAAACGCGAGCUAUGGCUACAGAAACCCACGUAACGGUCGUCAGCUCUCGUGCUACCCUAAUGGAGAUACAAUCAGUUGCCACGCAGACUGCCUCAGAGAUAAGUAAGAUGUACAGAGAGCUGUUGGAGCUCACUCGUGUCGAACAGCGCCACCACAUGAACGCCGACGCCUCAAGGAUACUUGAAAAGCUUCAACGCGUUGAAGCUGCUGAUAUCAAUGCUCAGAACCACCACGGAUGUCUGGAAGAUACUCGAGUCGAUAUUCUCAAGGAGCUGAGGGAGUGGAGUCGCGACGAAGCUUCACCUCAGAUCUUCUGGCUCAAUGGGAUGGCUGGAAUCGGCAAGUCCGCUAUCGCGCGCUCCCUAUGUCACGAUCUCCGCCGAGAUGGACUCCUCGGCGGUAGUUUCUUCUGCUCUCGUCAACGUUCUGCUGAAGAAGGUGACGCUGCACGCAUUUUAUCUACGCUGUCCGCGUCACUGGCUCUCUGCGAUCCGGACUACAAUCGCGAACUUCUUGCAGAGCUUGAAAGGGAGCCAUUCUCCAGACACUGGAAUCUUGACAUCCAAAUAGAACGAUUAUUGCAUAAUCCCUUUGCGCACGUCACGCGUUCCUCACGUUCUCAGUUGGUCUUUGUGAUUGAUGCUCUCGAUGAGUGUUCGAAUGAGGGUACCACUCGGAGUCUCCUUCUGAAACUCGUCAAAGUUGCCCGCUGCAUCCCUAUCAAAUUCUUUCUGACAUCGCGACCUGAGCCCCAUAUUCGACAACAACUCGAGGACCUCGAUUCUGUUCUUGGGCGAGUUUUAAGGUUGCAUGACAUCGAAAAGGACGUCGUCGAAGCGGACAUACGUCUUUAUUUGACUCAUGGACUCAAUGAUAUGCGCAAGACCCUGAGACCUGCUUUACGAUCCACCUGGCCACUAGAGGCCGAGAUUACGACUUUGACAGCACUUUCUGGUCGACUCUUCAUCUAUGCAUUCACAGCUCUGACCUAUAUACGCAGAAAUCCGAUUGAACGGCUGUCUAAGAUUGCAAGCGGUGCUACGCCCGUCGGGCAAGUAUUCACGCGCCCUCUUGAUGCGAUUUAUACCCUUAUCCUCAUGGAAGCCAUGGACCCAGACAUGUACGAUCCUGAUGAGAUUGACUUGACGCAGCGCAUGAUAGCCGUGAUCAUUUCUCUAUAUGAGCCUCUGACCAUUGAUGCUCUUGGCGAGCUGUUAAGCAUGCCUGCAUAUCGUAUCAGAAGCUCGUUGGACAGACUCUAUGCGGUUAUCUACGUGCCCGUCCGAGACGACAGCGGAACCUUGUCUACUUUCCACGCAUCUUUGGCGACUUCCUCACAACGCAAGGGCGUGCCCCUGAAUCCAUUACUGAAGAAGAUAUCCGGCGCCUCUUGGCAGAGCUAG